CGGAGCGGCCCGGCCCUGCCCUGCCCAGCCCAGCCCAACCCAGCCCAGCCCGGGAGCCAUGCCGCUGCCGUGCCGGGGCUGGACGCUGGCGUUGCUCACGCUGCUUGUCGGUUUCCUCAUCUUCGCCGAUAUCUCCGAGAUCGAGGAGGAGAGCGGGAGUUCUGGAGGCAGAGGUACAAUCAGAUCAGCUGUGAACAGCUUACAUAGCAAAUCUAAUAGAGCUGAAGUAAUAAUAAAUGACUCCUCGUCUCCAGCUGUUGUUGACAGAAGUAAUGAAAGCAUUAAGCACAACAUUAAACCAGCCUCAUCCAAAUGGAGACACAACCAGACACUCUCUUUGAAGAUCAGAAAACAGAUCUUGAAGUUCCUGGAUGCAGAGAAGGACAUUUCGGUGCUGAAGGGGACGCUGAAGCCGGGGGACAUCAUCCACUAUGUCUUUGACAGGGACAGCACCAUGAACGUCUCACAGAACCUGUAUGAGCUGCUACCCCGUACCUCCCCCCUCAAGGGCAAGCAGUUCCCCACCUGUGCCAUCGUGGGCAACUCAGGGGUCCUGCUCAGCAGCGGCUGCGGCCCCGAGAUCGACGCCCACAGCUUCGUGAUAAGGUGCAACCUGGCCCCUGUCCAGGAGUACUCACAGGAUGUGGGCAUGAAGACAGACCUGGUGACUAUGAACCCCUCGGUCAUCCAGCGAGCCUUUGAGGACCUGGUGAACGAGACCUGGAGAGAGAAGCUGCUGCAGCGCCUGCACAGCCUCAACGGCAGCAUCCUCUGGAUCCCGGCGUUCAUGGCCAAGGGGGGCAAGGAGCGAGUGGAGUGGGUGAACGAGCUCAUCCUGAAGCACCACAUCAACGUCAGGACUGCCUACCCUUCCCUGCGCCUGCUGCACGCCGUCCGAGGGUACUGGCUAACCAACAAGGUGCACAUCAAGCGACCCACCACCGGCCUCCUCAUGUACACCUUGGCCACUCGAUUCUGCAACCAGAUCUAUCUGUAUGGCUUCUGGCCCUUUCCCCUGGACCAGAACCAGAACCCAGUCAAGUACCACUACUACGACAGCCUGAAGUACGGCUACACCUCGCAGGCCAGCCCACACACCAUGCCCUUGGAGUUCAAAGCCUUAAAGACGCUGCACCAGCAGGGAGCCUUGAAGCUGACAGUGGGGGAGUGCGAUGGGGCCACGUAGGCUGGUCCCUGGCCACGUUCCUGCACAGCUAUGGGAGGAAGGGGAGGGGGUGGAACGGACGAGUGGUGCCUGGUGGGGUUGGCUGUCUUUCUUAACGCGCAGAGCAGCGACACAAAUAUAUACACGUGGUACCUAUAUAUAUUGACCUGAGUAUUAUAACUGUUUGGUGUUCGCCAAGGAAGGGGCAGGAGGCGAUGCAGGAGCAUCCCGAUGUGACUGGCCCGGGCAAGACCCCCAGGUGUGGGCUUGCUGGGCUCGGAAAGGCUUUCGACCUACGUGGGAAGGGUGUGAAGGUGGCCUUGGUUUUUGAGGGUAUGUUAGGUGAUGGGUAAACGUUAAGCCGUGUGUCGUGACUGGUCCAAGGUUGGUAGUUAGUUUGGCCAAGGAUGCUGCAGCGAGGCACGUUCUUGGCCCUGUGCUCGUGGCGGGGAGGGGAAGGGGCAGGGAGCGGGGUGGGCAGGGAAGGUUUGUUGGUGGCUCUCGGGGCCGAGGGACUGCCCGUGGCGCCGAGCGGGACCUGUCUCCUGCCCAGCAGGAACCAGCCCACAGAGCCGUCCAAAACACGGACUGCCAGGCUGAGCCCAGCCUUCAGAGGAGUCUUCUGGGCUGCAGCUUGACCUCCAGGAUGUGGUGGAGGGGAGCUGUGCUAAGCUGAUCCCGGUGCCGUGUGCUGGGAGAGGGGAUGUGAGGGCCUCCAGAGGACAGGCACACCGGUGUUGAGCCAGGCGGGCAGGGAGGAGGAUGCUGAGCAUCUGUUUUUCUCUUCCUUUCCCAAGGAGCAAUGCAGAAAGAAGCAAAGAUGCUGGAACGUGGCAGGAAAGAGGAUUGCUGCUGCAAAGUGGCACCAUUAGGAUUAAGUGUCUUACUGUGCCACAGUCGAAGGCACUCAACAUCUGUCAGGGCUCCUGAAAACCAUAAGUACAUUUAGCCCUUAAUUCCCAAAUGCUACCUGCUAAGCAGCCUGACUCCUCUGCCCCUCCAAAGAUAACUGCUGAAAUAUUGGUGAUAGGCCCGAGACCCAGCCAAGCAGAAAGAGCACAGGACUUCAAGGGACUUUGUCAAGUCUAAAUAAUUUAUUUUCACUUCCCCAGCAAAGAGCCAGCACACAGUCCUGAGGUCCUGAACUCCUGCUCUGUCCUCCUUUCAAGCUCCGAUGAGCGCUUACUCUGAACAGUUAAAUAGGAUGUCACAUGGAUCUUGAUGGGAGGCUUGCCUGGUGAUCAACAUCAA